AUGGGCGCCGCAAUAUCCGGCAUCAAGGUCCUCAUCGUGCCCGCCGCCAUCUCCCUCGUGCUCUUCCUCAUCGUCACCUUUGCCGUGAUCCCGCUCUGGCGACGCUACCGCGCCCGCUACAGCCAGUACCUUCCACUCGACACGCUCGGCUCCGCGUCGUCGUCGCUGCGGGACCGCAUCACGGCGAGGCUAGCCGCGCUGACGCUACCGUCGACAUGGCGCCAUGAUAGAGGGCGAUUUGCGGCCGCCACGGGGGGUGACGAGGAGGAUGACGCGGGCGAGGAGCUGGGUCGUGUUGGGGAGCGCGUCACGGCUGGGUUCGCGGUGACGGGGUUUGGGUCCGAAACGGUUCGGCUGAGCAGAGACUUGGAAGAAGGCUUUAUAGACGACACCGACUCAGACGACAGCGAUUGA